CUGAUGCGGGCAGCUCGAGUGGCCGCCGCCGCUAGAAAGACGCUUUCCUUUUUAAUUUUUUUUCCAAGCGUUCACUUCCGGGUCCGGCGCCGAUCCGGAUGCCCGAGGCAGAAGGAUGUUUGACCUCCGGAUAAGCGAGGCGCCGCUGUGCAUUCAUUCCCGGCUGCAUUGGUGGCGACAGCCGCGGCCCGGGCGGCGACUCUCCGGCCAGAGGCGGCGGUAGGACGCACCGGCAGUAGUGCGGGGACCGAGUCCGAGCUGCGUUAUCUCCCUCGCUCGUUCCUUCCCCCCUACCUCGCUCGCUCCCUCCCUGCGUGCCUCGCUUUCCUCCUCCGGCCGCCGGCGGGUGCGAUGUGCCGCCGCCGCUGCCCCAGCCGCCGCUGACCGACGGACCGGGGGGCGCCGCCCGCGCCCGGGACCGACCCGCCACUUGCGGCCGCGCCUUUGAGGUCACUAUCAAUAUUAGCUCACAUCAUUGAAAAGAUAAUUUUGAAGACAUGUUUUGCUGAAAAGAAAACUGAGAAAAAUUUUACGAAUGGGAUGAACACGCACCAGUUAAUUGACUACCUACUGCAAUUUGAAUGUUAACAUUACCCACCUGGUACAGUUACUUAGUGAUGUACCUAUUCUCACGAUACCCUAUUUCAGUGUGCUCGUCUUGAUUAAAGAAUUCAAAGUGGAGUACCGCAAACUUGAUAUGGAUAAUAAAAAGAAAGACAAGGACAAAUCAGAUGAUAGAAUGGCACGACCCAGUGGUCGGUCAGGACACAACACUCGAGGAACUGGUUCUUCAUCCUCUGGAGUUUUAAUGGUUGGACCUAACUUUAGAGUCGGAAAAAAAAUUGGAUGUGGGAAUUUUGGAGAAUUACGAUUAGGGAAAAAUUUAUACACAAAUGAAUAUGUGGCAAUUAAACUGGAGCCCAUGAAAUCCAGAGCACCACAGCUACAUUUGGAAUACAGAUUCUACAAGCAGUUAGGAUCUGGAGAUGGUAUACCUCAAGUUUACUAUUUUGGCCCUUGUGGGAAAUACAACGCUAUGGUGCUGGAACUACUGGGACCUAGUUUGGAAGAUUUGUUUGAUUUGUGUGACAGAACAUUUUCUCUUAAAACAGUUCUCAUGAUAGCUAUCCAACUGAUUUCUCGCAUGGAGUAUGUCCAUUCAAAGAACUUGAUAUACAGAGAUGUAAAGCCUGAGAACUUCUUAAUAGGACGACCAGGAAACAAAACCCAGCAAGUUAUUCAUAUUAUAGAUUUUGGUUUGGCAAAGGAAUAUAUUGAUCCAGAGACAAAGAAACACAUACCAUACAGAGAACAUAAGAGCCUUACAGGAACAGCUAGAUACAUGAGCAUAAACACACAUUUAGGAAAAGAACAAAGUAGAAGAGAUGACUUAGAAGCUUUAGGUCAUAUGUUCAUGUAUUUUCUGAGAGGCAGUCUUCCUUGGCAAGGUUUAAAGGCUGACACAUUAAAAGAGAGGUAUCAGAAAAUUGGAGAUACAAAACGAGCCACACCAAUAGAAGUGUUAUGUGAAAAUUUUCCAGAAGAAAUGGCAACAUAUCUUCGUUAUGUAAGAAGGCUAGAUUUUUUUGAAAAACCAGACUAUGACUACCUAAGAAAACUUUUUACUGACUUGUUUGAUCGAAAAGGGUAUAUGUUUGAUUAUGAAUAUGACUGGAUUGGUAAGCAGUUGCCUACUCCAGUGGGUGCAGUUCAGCAAGAUCCUGCUCUGUCAUCAAACAGAGAAGCACAUCAACACAGAGAUAAGAUACAACAAUCCAAAAAUCAGUCGGCAGACCACAGGGCAGCUUGGGACUCCCAGCAGGCAAAUCCCCAUCAUUUGAGAGCUCACCUUGCAGCAGACAGACAUGGUGGCUCGGUACAGGUUGUAAGUUCUACAAAUGGAGAAUUAAACACAGAUGACCCUACUGCAGGACGUUCAAAUGCACCUAUCACAGCCCCUACGGAAGUAGAAGUGAUGGAUGAAACCAACUGCCAGAAAGUGUUGAACAUGUGGUGCUGCUGUUUUUUCAAACGAAGGAAAAGGAAAACCAUACAGCGCCACAAAUGACUCUGGACACAGACAGAUCAUGGGGAGUUACUUACGUGUUCAUCUGCUGUCUUGUGAUUAAAAUCAUCUCUGUAGUGACCACAUAUAUUUUCAAGGACUCACUGUUAGAAACAAAAAUGUCAUACUUUCAUACUUCAUUUUGUGGUUGUCUUACAUUCGUAUUUUUUUCUAAUUUAACUUUUAUGGAAGCUUUAAAGUUUUGUCAAAACAUGAGUGCUUUGCCCAUCAUUGAAUGGAAUGGACCAAUGAGGUGGUAUUGAUGAAUUACUGUUCCGUAGAACAUUUUUCAGAAGCUCUCCUCCUGUUGUAGAAAGCAGUACAGUAUCUUAAAUGUCAACCAGUUAUAUACCUAAUCUGGUUUUUAUAACUUCUGUAAGAGAAUAAUCAAAGAGGAAUUUUCUCCCCAGUGGAUAAUGCAACAGAGAAAACAGAGUUGCCCAAAUAUUUAAAAGAAGUUAUCCCUUGAGAAGAUCAUUAUCUGUGUGACAUCUGCAUUGAUUUCACUGUUACUGACGGUACUGCUAUUCAUGAGUCAUAUUAACAUUCUCUCUGUGAAAUCAUGGUACAGUUACUGCCCAGAGGUACUGAGGAAAAAGCUCUAUGGGUUUGGUAGAUGGUAGUGGUAAAAUGAAUCACAAGUAGUGUGGUAAAUAUGAGCUCUGCUUUUGUUGCACCACUAUGUGAAGUACAGUGUUGCCGAAGUGGCAAAAGCGCUUAUUUUUUAAAAAUGCAAAAUAUUUGUAUAAUGUAACUUUAUGCUUCCAGUUAAUAAUGUAUGUUAGACAGCAAGAAAUGAAUACUUUGAGAAAUGAGAUAUGUUGGAGUUUUUUGAAAAAUACACUAAGGAGAAGGAAUAAAUGUGAAUCUCACCGCAUCAUAUGAGGCUGAAGUCUAAGGAGAUCCCACUGAAACCUGCUGCUGAACGAUUACAUUCUCCUUAAGCAGAAAACUUUGGAUGUGCCACACAAUGGUGUCUGUUUAUUAAUUAUUUGCCCUUUGAUUUUAAAAAAAGACCCUCAGCAAUAAAAACGGGGUCACUCUAUUGCCCUCUGUGCACAUUAGUCUCUUGUAUUCAACUUUGCUGGUUCUCUGGAAUUUUCCUACUUUUUAGCAUAAUUUUGAUGAUUGAAAACUAUUUUGGAGAGGAUGGGUCAGGUGCUUUGUCCCCAUAGUCUUUUGAAGUGCCUGCAUAUGAACAAAGUAAUGGUUCUGUAAAAAAAGGAAACCCAUUCCACUUUUCAAGUAUGCUUUGUUUUAAGCCAUGAAGACACAGGUAUACAUUUGUCACAUUCUACUAGCCAGAAUUUGCAAGGAGAGUUAAGACAAAAACACUGGCUAGAAAGAUAAUUAUGUUGUUCAAAUCUCACAUUCACCUUUCAUUUAUGAACUUGUUGCUUACUCCUUCCACUCAGCCCCUUCUUUUUGUCUUUAAGUGUGUGCCUCCGGGCAUGCUUAUUUAUUUUUAUUGUCUCAAGGUAACAUUUAAAAUAUGUAAUUAAAGUAAAUAAAUCUACAUUUUUGACUUCAUUAUUGCAUUUACAGGAAUUUAACUGUACUUUGUAAUUUAUUUUUCUUAUUAGCCAAAAGUUCAAUGCAUUGUUUUUGAUGAAUUAGGCACCCAUAUGAAUACCGCAAAUCAGGACAUUAUCAUUGUUGCUCUGAAUCCUAUGAAUGAUCUUUAUAAGUUCUUGAUUUUAAAGACCUACACUCAGCCUAGAAAACACUUGUAUAAUUUGGUCAACCGUUUCCAUUUUAUCUAUUUGUAUACUGUCAUGAUGUCUUAAAACUACAGGAGUUACAUACUGAGUUUUUAUUUUUGUUUGCUUUGAGCAGGGUAGAUGGAUGUUUUGGCCAUUAUAAUGUGAAACCACUUCUUUCUUUACAGUAUUUGACCAAAUUUGUGUGUCUAUGAUAUUUGUAAAUACAUGCGAUAUCUGUAUUUCUUAUCAUAA